GUACGCGUAAAGGAGAUGUCGGCAGGGAGGACCCGGAUACAUUAUUAUUGACGCUUUUCCAAGCUGUGCGCAUGAGAUAUUUCUCACCAGAGCAGCAGUAAACAACUGAGCAAAAAGGAUGGGAAGGGGUGCCCGCGGUGUUUCUUACGCUGAAAGCCUGGCUGUUUCCACCCAACACCGACUUUCGCUUUUCAGCCGCAUAUCCAAGAGGGACUAGCGAGCUAGCAGCACAAAAGCUACUGCCUUUAUUGUGGCCCUCAACCAACCAACCAGCUAGCAUCCGUCGCAUGCAUAAAAAGAGAGAAAAUGGUGUACCUGUUAAAUCCUAUAGAGAACCUGAGAAGCUACAUCAACAACCGUCCACCGCUGGUCAUUUUUAUGAUCAGCGUCAGUGCAGUGGCCAUCGCCUUCCUGACCAUCGGCUAUUUCUUCAAGAUUAAAGAGAUCAAGUCUCCAGAGUUGACAGAGGACUGGAACACCUUUCUGCUGCGCUUCAACGAGCUGGACUUUUGCGUGUCAGAGAAUGAAACGAUAAAGCACGGCCUGAACGAGUCGACCACGCCAGAGAGCAUGGUUGUGACCAGCGGUCAGGCUCGUUCCAGCACCCAAGUUCCCCUCCUGCUGGAGGACUCUGGUCCCAUCAACAUGUCAGUCCCCAUCACCCUCACGUUGGAUCCCCAGCGCCCAUUUGGAGGAUACUCUCGCAAUAUCACUCACCUGUACGCCACAGUGCUGGGACAGCAAGUCGGCCUAUCUGGCCGGGAAGCCCAUGAAGAAAUAAACAUCACUUUUACCCUGCCUGUAUCCUGGAACUCAGACGAAUGUGUUCUGCACGGCCACUGCGAGCAGGUGGUGUUCAGCACUUGCAUGACCGUCACAGCAGCCGGCAAUAUCUUCCCAGUCACAGUGCAGCCGCCACACUGCGUGCCGGAGACGUACACGAACGCCACGUCUUGGUACAAGGUGUUCACCACAGUCCGCGACUCGGAUACCAAGUACAGUCAGGACUACAACCCCUUCUGGUGUUACAAAGGAGCCAUCGGAAAAGUGUACCACGCACUCAACCCAAAGCUGACUGUCAUCGUCCCUGAUGAUGACCGUUCUCUCAUCAACCUGCACCUGAUGCACACAAGCUACUUCCUGUUUGUCAUGGUCAUCACUAUGUUCUGCUAUGCAGUCAUCAAGGGGCGGCCUGGCAAAGUACGGCAAACCAACCCCGACUUCUGCCCUGAGAAGGUACAACAGACACCAGCAGUGCUAUAUGACGAGAACAGGUGGCACUGUCAGAGGGUUAAAAAGGCAUCCGAGAUCUGUGUCAGAACUUACCUGUAACAUGGACAAACUCAAAGAAACAGAAGAAGUGAAAAUACCAGUUGCCUAGUGAACCCUGGAAAUACAAUAAGGGACACAAAAGCUCUGUGAAUGCAUUACUCUUGCAACGUUGGGUCUUUCCAACCAAAGAUAUACAAGUGCCUGUAUCUAUGGUGUAAAUAUUUGCAGGAACUCUAAUAUUCAGUGCAAAACCUUUUUUUUCUCCUUCUUCUUUUUGUCUAUUCUUAUCAUUUUGCCUGAGUCCCCGUGUGCCAUGUCAGAACAUGCAGUACAUUAACAAAGCAGGAGGCCAGACUAUAGAAGAACAUAGCCAUUUUUCUAGGAGUCAUUUGGUCUCAUUUCCAAGCAAGAUAUUAAAAAUAAAAAAGUUUUGUGGCUUUUAUCACAAAGUUAUUGCUGUAAAUGUUUGGAUAUCUCAAAACUAUGUAAAUAGGGCUGUCGCAAUAACUGCAAUAUUGCAAUACUGCGCUAUGUUUGCUUUUUUAUUUUUUUCAUGAGGCUAGUCCCUUCUUGUUUUACAGUUAAAUGCGUGUGUAUUGAAUGUUAAACCCCAGUCCAGUCCAGUGGCUGCGGAGGAUCUCGCCCGCCACAUUCAGCGUCUAGUGCGCUGAGUUCUCGUUCAUGGGGCUCCACGGAGCUUCCUGGAGCUAGCAUCCAAGCUAAGAAGCUGACCUGGCGCCAGGCUCGGAGUGAGCUGACCAGGUGUCUGUGCUGAUGCUUGGUAGUUGAAAAAACACAUCUAUAUGAAUAUUUUAUCCCGGUUAGAUGUUUAAAUUCUUCCGGGUCACCGCGCGGCUGAGUUGGCUGCCAUUUAAAAGAAGUUUUCCAUCAAUCACACAAUCUAAAGACACACCCAGUCGGAUUCCUUUCAUAAAUCACAGGUUUAAGGGGACUUGGCUGUAGGACAACUUUUUUUUUUCCUGCCACAAUACAAUUUAAAGUGUUUUCCGUGUUUGUCAGGUACUGCUGCUCCAUUCAGCCAACACAUAAGACUAACAUACCUUGAUUUUCACACACAAUAAUACGCUAAUAAAAAGGCGCUAAUACUGCAAAGACUGCAUACCGCACUGAUGAGCCACGCUGAAUCACCAGGGAAAUAGCUUCACCGCGACAGCACUACGUGUAAACUAAGCAUUGUCACAUGAUGAGCAUGAUGUUUAGUCACUUGAAAGAUGUUGAAGUGCGCUAAAAUAUGCUUUAAUACCCAACUUUAGUUAUUUGCGUGAGGAUGAGAAGCUUGUGACACGUUUUAUAAUUAAAUCUUCAGUAUGCACUUGUCAUUGUAGCCUUGAAGGGAGGAGAAUGAAUGUAGCACUUAACAGUGUAAUCAAACAUUGGUCAGGAUUUGGACAUGGCAUUAAUCUCAAUUAACUGAAUUUAAUUUUUUUCCCCAAAUUAACCUUUUUUGUGUCUGCAAUAUAAAUAAACAUGAAGUAUUUGAAUGCUAGCACUGUGCACAUUAAUGUAUGGAAAGAAUACAGUGUGAACAGUAAAAUUAAUCAGUUUAAAGUUAAAUAAGCUGCCGAACGUCCUGUGGUCUGUGAUGAGGUUUUUGUUGUUUAAGUAGAUUUUGGCACUCCUUAAAAAUGUUUUUCUUUCUCCUUUUUUUUUUUCUUUUCCUUUGUGGCUUUUUAUAAGUCACUUGCCUCUUGUCUUUCAUUUGCUGCUUGUAGCCCCCCCCCCCCCCCGCAGCAGCAGUUUAAUAUGUUUGGCUUCCGGACUUAUUUGAUGUUCAAUACAGUCUUCUCAGUUGCACCUGGAUAAAGCAAAACAAUAUCUUGCCUUACCUGCGGUGGACUUGCUUGCUUUAAAUUAGGCGGGGAGAGAUCAUUUUCUCCCUUUCCAACAUUAACUUGCUGGUCCCUUCUUCCAUAGCCAUCCUUCACAUUUUGUUUCUUCCACUACGAUGAGCCUGUGGUUUCAAAAUCAAAACUUGUGAUCUUUGUCCUUUUAAUGUACUUGUCAAGUGGCCCUUGAGUUAUUAUGUUUUCUGACUUACUUGUGCUUUCGUUUUAAGCAAAUCAAUAUCAGUUCAACGUGUUAAAAUGUUUGCAUAGUUAGUGCACCUUUAGAUUUCUUGCACAUUGUGUUAUUUGCUCCUGUGAUGUUUUCUUUGUCCAAGAUCACAUGUGAACAGUAAUGUUGAGCUAAAUAAACCUUGUACCAGUUCAGCUGUUCCUAAAAUUAAAUAUAAUUAUAUAAUUAUAUUUAUAUAAUUAAUAUAUUUAUGUUGUAGUAAAACAAAAUGUGCAAAAAAACUAAGUGUGCGGGAGUGAGUUUGGGAAAUGUGAAAAAUGAAGGCGGCUUUAGACUGAUUCUCUCCAUGUCUAAAUAAUGAAUAUGGACUUGACUAGGCAAAGAGACGACACACGCUCACUUCCCCUGUUUUGACUUUCACAUACGAGCAUUUGCACAUUUUCACCUGAACUGUGACUCUCAUUGUGUUGCGCUGAAUUUCUCAUUGUAGCUUUAAGGAUAAAUAGUUUGUGCUCAUCCGGUGGUUGGUAUUUUCGAGAGCACGGCCGACUUUGACAAUCAUUUAUUCUAAAAUGUACAGCGACACAUAUUAGAUUUGCAAUAAAUAAAGAGCUGUGUGCUGUAAUUUGACACCAAUGCAAUAUCUAUUAAAAGUCAUUGACGCUUGCUUAAAAAGUAACCACAGAACAUACAGUAUAAAUUCAAAUUCAAACCUUCAUGCUGUCUUUAAAAUAUAAACAGUCUAAGUCCGCCUUUCGUGUCUGUUAUGUAUGACUUAAUUACUAAUACAUUUUACUUACCUCUGUGUAAUAAUUUUGUUCCAUAAUUGAUGUACCUGGUGAAUGUACUUUUUUUAUAAACAGCAUAAUCUAAAUCUGAGAUGCAACAUUCAGAAUUCCAAGUGAUUUGAAAUGAUGUAGUUUGAUCUUUUUUUCUGUUUGAAAGGCUUUACUUGAAUUGUGUUUCUUUUUUUGUUUGAGUGGUAUUCAUAUAUUAUAAGAUUUAUCUUUUUUGUGGCAAAAAAAUGAAUCUUGUCACAUUAUUGUAUCAAAAACUUUGUACUUUUAAUGGUUUGAUUUGUGUGUGUGUGUGCGUGCGUGUUGGUGAAUGGGUGAAAGAGGUUGGGUUUGGGUCCUUUUAUCCCCCCUUUCCCCCCCCAUUUCGAAUGAUGCUAGGACAAGUCUUCCUAUUCUAAUGUGUAUCAUAUUUGAGCAUGUUGCUUUUACUGUCAUCACUAUCUCCCGUUUGUGCUCUCACAUUUGGACUCUUGCUUUUUCUUUUUUCCCCCCCUUUUUUUUGGUGCAAGGUUUGUCAGCUCUUACUGGACGGUUGGAUCUUUUGGGGGUUGGCUGGGUGUAUGUGGGGUGAAGGGGAACUUGAAGAGGAUGACUGACUUGUGUCAUAAUGUUGCCAAACUGUCAUGAUCCGUGUCGACGAACUGCAUUUUACCUGCGACUUAUCCCUCCUUGUGUCAUGUACUAUUCUCAUCCUUGGUCAGAAUUGCAUCUCUCUAAUUGCAAAAUGCCUUAACAUUGUCCAGGUUUUCUUUGUGUCACAUAUCAUAUAUUGUAACACACACACUGGCUUUACAGAAACAAAAUCCAGAAAAGAAAUAUACUAUUUUUUUUAAUCACGUUUGAGCUCCAAGGAAACUCAAAUGCUUAAGUGUACAUUUAGUGAAACAGAUUUUAAAAAGGAGCAGAUGCUUGCUGUUGUAGUUUUUAAGCUACUCCACUGUAUCACUAAGGACUAUAGAGUAAAAACAGUGGAUCCAUAUUCCCCUUAGCUACAGUAUCUCCCAGUGUUCUCGGCCACAUAUUAAGCCACACACACGAGGCUGCCAUUUCACCUUAUCUGUUAUCUUUGUCAUGUCAGCAGCGCUUACAGGCAAGUAUUAAGCCAACUCUGUGCCUUCUGCACUAUCGAGCUGCAUCCUUCCUCCUUGUACAUACAGUAGAUAGGACCAUGAUAGGUUUAAUGUGGCUAGGACGUCAUUCAAACCCUUUUCCUCUCCAGUGGAACUGCUGUAAAUGAAUUCAAGUUUAAAUAAACUGUCUCUUAAGUUCACCA